UUGCGUAUUAAUUGGGCAAUGGUUUACUUAUUCAAUUCACUGCCUGCUACAAGUAUCAAAUAAAACAAGCAUUUCACAUUUUGUUUACUUUUUGAAAAUGGAGGGUAGAGAAGAUAUACAUGAUGAAAAUGACACGAAACUAUUACAUCAUGUUCAUGACUCAUCUUUGGACUACAAAGGAAAGCUUCCUCUUCGAUCUUCAACUGGCUCAUGGAAAGCAUCCUUCUUCAUCAUAGCAAUAGAGUUCAGUGAGAGGCUGAGUUACUUUGGAAUAGCAACCAACAUGAUAACAUACAUGACCAAAGUGAUGCAUCAGGACCUUGAAACAGCGGCCAAUAGCGUAAAUAUAUGGGCCGGGGUAGCCACGGUGAUGCCUUUGUUUGGUGGGUUUCUUGCAGAUGCAUAUACCGGCCGCUACUUUAUGAUUCUUUUCUCUGCCAUACUUUAUGCAAUGGGUUUAGGUGUUUACACAAUGUCCCAAUACAUCCCAAGUCUUAAACCUUGUGGUGCAACCUCGAGUACAUGCGAACAUGUUAGCAAGGUCCACGAGUUGGUCUACUUUUUAGCAGCAUACCUAGUGGCCUUAGCAACCGGGGGUUACAAACCAUGCUUGGAGAGCUUUGGGGCAGACCAAUUCGACGACAAUCACUCGGAAGAAAGGAAGCAAAAGAUGUCAUUCUUCAAUUGGUGGAAUAUAGCCCUUUGUAGUGGCCUUUUCACUGGGGUGACUUUGAUUGUGUAUGUACAGGACUACGUUAGUUGGGGACUCGGGUUUUUAAUCCUAGCCAUAACUAUGGUCGCUAGUGUCUUGGUAUUUGUUCUUGGUAGGCCAUUUUAUCGCUACAAGACCGCUCUUGGAAGCCCAUUGACCCCUUUGUUGCAAGUCUUGGUUGCUACUUUCACCAAACGAAAACUAGUUUGUCCAUCAAAUCCAUCCUUGUUGUAUGAGCCUCCCGUUUCAGGGAAGCUCCAAAGCCGACGUUUGGGUCAUACAAACAGACUCAGAUUUCUUGACAAAGCUGCUAUAAUCGAAAAUCAUCAAAGUAAUGAAGUAGACAUGAAGAAACAAAAUCCAUGGAGGCUAGCAAGCGUGACACAAGUAGAGGAAUUGAAGCUGAUAAUAAACAUGGCUCCCAUAUGGCUAACUUCCUUGGUAUUCGGCAUAGGCGUUGCCCAAGGGACCACAUUCUUUGUUAAGCAAGGAAGUGCAAUGGAUAGGAAAAUUUCCAAACACUUUGAAAUCCCAGCAGCUUCAAUGGCAGUCUUAAUAGCCCUAGGUAUGAUUACUACAAUUGCAUUUUACGACAAAGUCCUUUUACCAUACUUAAGGAGAGUCACAGGAAACGAGAGAGGUAUUAACAUCCUUACAAGAAUUGGUAUUGGUAUGGCCAUUUUAAUUAUAUCAAUGUUGUUCUCGGCUUUGGUAGAAAGAGAAAGAUUAAAGGCGGCGUUACAAGGGAAAAUAAUGAGUGUAUGUUGGCUAAUACCACAGUUCUUGAUCCUUGGUAUAGGGGAUGGUUUUUCCCUAGUAGGAAUGCAAGAAUACUUCUAUGACCAAGUUCCUGAUUCCAUGAGGAGUUUAGGAAUGGCGUUUUACCUUAGUGUUAUUGGCAUUGGAAGUUUCAUGACAACAUUUUUAAUCAUGGUUGUGAAUCAAGUGACAAAGAUGCAUGGAGGAAAGAAAUGGAUAGGAAAGGAUUUGAACCACAGUCGUCUUGAUUAUUUUUAUUGGCUCUUGAUGCUCAUUUUUGUAUUGAAUAUGUGUGUUUUUGUGUUGUUGGCUAAGAAUUAUAGGUACAAAAGUGUUCAAGCAAGUGUGGUUGUGGUAGAUAAUUCUUGUGACGCCGGUGAGAAGAAAAUGGAUUUGGGUGGUGUUUAAAAACAAACAUUUAUAGUUGUUGAUAUUUAAUGUUAUGUGAUAUACGGAGUGAGUCGAUUUAUCUUGAUUGUUCUCUCGUUAUUAUAAAAGUCUUCUCUACCUUGUUAUAAUUUGUCUGAUGUAGUACUCUAUUUGGCAAGAAACUUCAAGGUGAGUUUGUAGACGGAAAUCCAUAUACUAUUCAAACUAAUGUUUGUGAAACAGUUGCUGAAAUCUUGUUUUUCUUUUAAAAUAAAGGUAAUUUUGGUAUUUACUAUUGUAAAAAUACACCACUUUUGUAUUUACUACCUUAUGAAAUUUUUAUUUUAGAUU